AUGGAACCCCAAAUCUUAACAGUUUCAACAAAAAGAAAGGCCCAAAGGGGUAGUGAAGAGUCAGACAGUGAUGUCAAACCCCCACCUGGGAAAGAAGUUCACAAAGUCGAGGAUGACGAUGAUGAUGAAGAUUUUGUCAUGCCUUCUAGGAGGGUAUCAAUUGAUGCCACCCGGAGCAAGAAAUUGAAAAGUGGGGUGGGUAAGGGAGUUGCUCAAAAGCUUACGGAUGAAAGUGAUGAAGAUGACACUGGAAAAGCAAAAUCUAAUCUCAAACCUAUUGGUACGACUAGUGGAGGGAAAAAUGCUUCAACCAGUCUAACUACUACCACAGACAUGGAUGCUGAUAGAAGUGAUAAAUAG